AUGGGGGAGUGGCGAGGUGAGGCGAGGCGAGACGAGACGAGGCGAGGCGAGGCGAGUCGAGGCGAGGCGAGGUGCGGCGAGGGCGCCUACGGGGACGGGGAGGAGGUUAGGAGCCGCGUGCGCCAAGGCUCUGAGAACGAGCGAGAAAGGCCCGGGGUUACGCUUGGGAGCUGCUUCGCGGACUCUCGUCGCGGAGAAGAGCGGCAGUGGACGUUUACGAGGAAUCCAUAUGCGGUGCAAAGAUAUUCUUACCGUCGGAUUGCCACCAUUUUCGAAAAGUCUCCGAGCGGCCGAGUGGCCGGCCGGCAUGGUCUAGCCGUCGCCGGUGCCAUCCUCAGGAACCCACCAUCGCCAGAGCCCACCGAGCUCAACGAGCCCGCCCUCGACCUCGCCCACGACCUCGCACUCACGCAGCCCCGACGAGGGCAGCCCCCGUCGGAUCGAAGCUCGCAAGUCGCAGGGACGAGCAGCAGCGAUCUCGCGCCAUCCGCGAGCCGCAGCGACCUCUGGGCCAUAGCCGACGUCGCCAUUACAGCCGCAAGGCUGACGUUUUUCUUCUUGGACCGGUAGACAAAAGGCUUCAAAGUGUUCGGCGCCGUGGAGAAGACGUACUACCCGUUCGAGCUGUGCAGGUUCUCCCGCGUCUUCACGCCUGCAACCCUGGCUGGUAUACAAGUCACCGGAGCGGGGAAUUCCACCGGGUUGACCUGGUGGAACAUGAUGAGCAGUGUCCCCUACGAGGACAGUCCGCC